GUGAAUUGAUAACAUGGCGACCAAAACACGUCGACAAAUGAAAAUUUCAGUAUCGACAUUGUGCACUUUGUAAAACGAUUUAAUCGACUAUAUUUCACAAUGGGAGAAAGCGAGAGGGAAAUAAUGGUGGAGCCUAAUUCAUCUUGUUUUACAAAAAACGAUUUCAUGCAAGAUGACUUUCAAGUUGAUAAGUUCGUUUCAAAUUGUAAAAAGAUCGUACCUCUUAAUGUGUUUAAAAAACAACUUGAUGAUUACAUGAGACUGCUAAAGAACGCCUUGAUUGAGCUUAUCAAUCAGGACUAUGCAGACUUCGUUAAUCUCUCCACUGAUCUUGUUGGGAUGGACAAAGCUAUCAAUAAUCUCACAGUACCUCUUGGGCAAUUGAGAGAGGAGAUUUUGUCUAUUCAAAGCGAUUUGGACAUAACAAUACGAUCUGUUGAGACAAAGUUGAAACAAAGAGCAGAAUUAAGAGAGAAAAAGGUUUUUACCCAGAACCUGCUCAACAUUACACAUUGUAUGGAAAAGAUUGAGCGAGUCUUAAAGACUUCUGUUACAACAGAUGAGAGCACGGACAGUUCCGAGCAAGGAGGUGGUCACCUCAUUGAGAGGGUUGCCAGUGACUUUAACCAACUCCAGUUCUAUGUCACCCAAUGCCAGGGACAUCCUAUGGUGGAAAAAAUAAGAUCACGUAUAUCUGAGAUUACAAGUACCCUUCAGAAGAAUCUCGAGACAUCUUUUCAAGAAGGAUACAAACAGGGAGAUAUCAAAGUUCUUACACAAUGCCUUCGGACAUAUGCCAUUAUUGAUAAAAUAUCUUUUGCUGAGAACCUAUUUCAAAGUUUUGCAGUCAAACCUUACAUGAAGAUCAUAAAUGAGCAAUCACUAAAAGCAAAUGGUAAUGGACUGCUUGGGAUGUAUAAGGACAUACUUGCAUUUAUCCCAAACUACUGUGGCAAACUUAUUGAUAUUACUUUGGGGAAGACAUUGAGUGCCCAUGAUGUAUUAAAUGUGAAUGAGAGCAUGCAAAGCAUUACGGGAUAUAAUUUUAUUAUCAAUUCUGUAUGGCCAGAAAUAUCAUCAGCCUUACAAAACAACCUAACUUCAAUAUUUGCUGCUGGUGAUCCUGUUAUCUUUCAUAAGAAUUACACGACAAGUAUGAACUUCUUGCGAGAAUUUGAAAAGUAUUGUCGUUCAAAAGAAAAUAUUCUGAAACUACGAAGUCAUCCAUCUUAUGUAUCGUUUAUCUCUCGUUGGAGUUUACCCAUUUACUUUCAGAUAAGGUUUAAAGAAAUCGCUGGCAGUUUUGAAAGCUCAAUGUUGAAUCAGUGUUCUGUUAAUCAAGAAGAAAAUGGUCUAUGCAUAAAUGUGAUACAAGAAUUCUGGAAAUCUUUCGAGAGGUGUUGGGAUGAAAAAGUUUUCCUCUUUGCAUUAUCCCAUCGUUUUUGGAAACUGACUUUACAGCUCAUCUCAAGGCUAGCCGAGUGGCUCAAGAGUUUAAAACUCCGAGAGCAAAUCAACGCCACGAACAAGAAACCACCGUCUGCUUCCUUGCCAGCUUCCUCUGAAGGGGAUCUGGAAACAAGCACUUCAAGUCACGUGACUAUGACCAUUCUACUACAUGUAGUCGCUGACGUAAUGGAAAUUCUUAAAAAGAUCCCUCACUUUUGGGAACAUACAGUAUUGAAGAAACUUCCUGACAUUAGCAGAAAAGAAAAAGACAAUUUGAAUGAUAUAUUGUUAAACAAGCGCUGUUCACAACUUCAAGAAACAUUACCGUACAUCUCAUCAUUGAUUGUUCAAAACGUCACAACUUUGUGUUGCAAUUUUUUGGAUGGAGCCAAAAACAUUCCUCGUUUAUAUAGAAGGACAAAUCGUGAGGCACCUUUAAAACCAUCCUCAUAUAUCAACAAUGUUAUUGAGCCAUUAAAAACUUUCAUGACAGAGAAUGAAACCAUAGUGAGUGCUGAAAGGUUGCAAGAGUGGUUGCUGAUGAUAUCAGAGAAUGUGGCAGCAAAGUUCUAUAACCUUACAUCUGAAGUGCUGACAUCAAUAAAGAGAACAGAAGACAGUUUGCUGAGGUUGAAACGCAUUCGUAAGAAUGACAUUGCCACAGCAAAUGUUUCAAUUACUGAGGGCGACAAGAUAACUGAUGAUGACAAGAUUAGAAUGCAAUUUGCCUUAGAUACAGAAGAGUUUGGGAAACAGAUUUCAUUACUUGGGAUCUCUGUGAAAGAAGUUGCCUCUUACAAACAACUAUCUGCUUUUGUUGAGAAUGCGAAAAACACUUCAAAUAGUUACACCUCAACAUAGUUAGAAAACAAAUAAAAUUAUUCUCGCCAUCAAAAGAACAUGUCAGUUGUUGCAUAUUUUUUAACAUGAGUAAGAGGAGAGGUGUUCAUGAUAUCAUUGUAGCAUCUCAUCUCUUAAUAUCAUUUCUUGUGAAUAUUUUUUGCUUAAAUCCACUCAUAUUUCUCCUCUAAUGAACUUGUAUAUCAAUGAUUACAUGAUAAAGCUAUGUUAAAUAUAUGUAAUUUAAACUA